AUGGGUUUUAAGAUUGGUGGAGGAGAUGCUUUCAAGUUCACUGGAUUUGGUAGCAAGGGUGCCUUUGGAAGUGGCAGAAAGAGCAUAGGCGGAAGACCCUCCAAAGCAGCUCGGAGCAAUCCUUUUGCUGGUGUAGUUAACCAAAGUUAUGAUGAUACCAAGAAGAGAUGUCUUGAAGAAGGAAUUUUGUUUGAAGAUCCAGAAUUUCUUGCAGAAGACGAGUCCAUAUUUUUCAGUCGCAGUCCACCCAGAUCUUUUGAAUGGUUACGCCCUGGGGAAAUCUGUGAUGACCCACAAUGGAUUACUGAAGGUGCCAGUAGAUUUGAUGUCCGACAGGGUGAAUUAGGUGAUUGUUGGUUGUUGGCUGCUGUGGCCUCCCUGACAUGCAAUGAGAAAUUAUUUGCUAAAGUGGUAUCACCGGAACAAAAUUUCUCUGAUGAAUACUGUGGACUGUUUAAAUUUAACUUCUGGCAUCAAGGAGAAUGGGUUGAAGUGGUUGUGGAUGACAGAUUACCAACUUAUAAUGGACAGCUUGUUUUUAUGCAUUCAACAGAAAAGAAUGAGUUCUGGAGUGCUCUUCUGGAAAAGGCUUAUGCCAAGUUAAGUGGAUCAUAUGAAUCUCUAAAAGGAGGAAGUACAUCUGAAGCUAUGGAAGAUUUCACUGGUGGUGUUACUGAAAUGUUUGAUUUACGUAAAGCACCUGGAAAUUUGUUAACAAUCAUGUUGAAGGCUGUAGAGAGAAAUUCUCUAAUGGGUUGUUCUAUUGAUGCUGACCCCAACCAACUGGAAGCUGAAUUGGCUAAUGGACUGAUUAUGGGUCAUGCAUACAGUGUUACCUCAGUUAAAAUGAUUGAUAUUGAGACCCCAAGAACAUCUGGUAAAAUAGGAAUGGUGAGAGUUCGUAAUCCCUGGGGUAAUGAAGCUGAAUGGAAGGGAGCUUGGAGUGAUUCAUCUGAGGAAUGGUCCUUGAUUGGUGAUGAUGCUAGAACAGAAAUUGGAUUAACAUUUAAUGAUGAUGGUGAAUUCUGGAUGUCAUUUAAAGAUUUUAUUAGUAACUUUGAGAAAUUAGAAAUUUGUAAUUUGGGACCUGAUUCAAUGGUUGGAGAAGGUGGGGAAGAUGAACAGAAAUGUUUUAGUGCUAUAUCUGAACAUGGUGGCUGGAGUCGAAGAGUCAAUGCUGGUGGCUGUAGAAAUUAUUUAGAUACUUUCUGGACAAAUCCUCAAUUCCGUGUAACAUUGACUGAUCCUGAUGAGGAUGAUGAAGACAAUAACUGUACCAUGAUUGUGGCUCUCUUACAAAAAGAUCGUAGAAAGAAAAGAAAGGAAGGAUUAGAUCUAUUAACUAUUGGUUAUGUCAUCUAUAAUUUGAAGGAAGGUCAAUCUGCAGGACCAUUAGAUGUUAAUUUCUUCAAAUACAAUGCAUCAUGUGCUAAAUCUCCAUCAUUUAUUAACCUACGUGAGAUGUGUGGACGUCAUAAAUUACCACCAGGAUCAUAUGUUAUUGUACCAUCAACUUUCGAACCUCAAGAAGAAGGAAACUUCUUGUUACGUAUCUUCACAGAGAAACAGAAAGGCAGGUCGAGUAAGUUAGAUGUAGUUUGUAUUGAGUUUGAAAAUUUUACUUUACUUCGUUUUACAAUUGAAGAACAAGAAGAUGCCUUGAAGAGUACCUUUAGAAGAAUAGCUGGAGAUGAUAUGGAAAUUGAUGCUUAUGAAUUAAGAGAUAUUUUAAAUUCUGUAUUUACGAAAGAGUUUCAGUUUGAAGGAUUUGGAACUGAUAUUUGCCGUAGUAUGGUAGCAAUGAAUGAUGGUGAUUUGUCUGGUAAACUUGGUUAUGAAGAAUUUAAAGAUUUAUGGAAAGAUUUGAGAAGAUGGAAGAAAGUAUUCAAGACCUAUGAUCAUGAUACAAGUGGUAAUUUGAAUUCUUAUGAACUCAGAAGCGCUCUCCAUUCAGUUGGAUUCAAAUUAAGUAAUGGAACUUUCCAUUCAGUUGUAAUGAGAUACAGUAAUAGAGAAGGUUUAAUUGAUUUUGGUGAUUUUGUCGUUUGUGCCAUCAGAUUGAAGACUAUGCUCAGUAAGUGUUUUUGUACAGGCAUUGUAUAA